AUGACAUCGCGGAUAAAGUCGAUAAAAAGCCAAAACAGGACAGUGAUACUGGCGGUUCUGAUAUUAGGCUGCAUAUGCGCUUCUGUCGAUUCCUUUGCAGCACCGUCUACCACCGUGAAUGGUGCUGGCCAAUUAAACAUUGCAUUUGUCACAGGAAAUGCAAUGAAAGUUAGAGAAGUGGAAAUGAUACUCUCAGAACAAGGAUCAACAAAUGGUACACAUCCUGGUAGUGGGUUAGUCAAUUUGCGAGUUGUGAAGGUCGAUCUGCCUGAGAUUCAAGAAGUAAAUACUGAAGCAAUUGCAAAGGAAAAAGCACUACUCGGAGCACAGCUUGCUGGGGGACCAUGCUUAGUAGAAGACACUUCAUUGAAGUUCCAUGCGCUGGGUGGGAUGCCAGGACCAUACAUUAAAUGGUUUCAGGACAGAUUGAAAUCUGAUGGACUGUACAAAAUUCUCACGGCCUACGAAGACAAAUCAGCAACAGCAGUGUGUACUUUAGCAUUCUGCCCUGCUCCACAUGCAGACCCAAUCUUAUUCACUGGGGAAUGUUCAGGAACAAUUGUCGCGCCUACAGGGAAAGGUGGAUUUGGCUGGGACUCAAUUUUUGUGCCCGAUGGCGAAGAGGAAACCUUCAGCUGUCUGUCGACGGAACGAAAGAACCAGCUUAGCCACAGAGGUGACGCGGUUAGACAAUGGGCUCGUUGGUUAUCUGCUAACCAAGAAGCUCUAAUGCUACGACAAGAUGGAAUACCUGCCAUUGGACACAAAGGAUUGGAUUUCAAGUCCUAUAGCGCUGAACAAUAA